GUCAUUAGGCUGACUACCUAGGUACUUUGGGUAGGCAGCGAGAGCACGUAAACCUUGGCAUCAAAUGACACUAGAAAGGUAAAUGUAUUUGCGGCUGAAGACUGAGCCUUGAUUGCCUACGAUGUGACUCACGGCCUGUUUUUAAACACGCGAGGCGUAUAUUGUACAAUUGUUGUACAAUAGUUUUCAGGAUUAUUGUGAAUAAAUAAUGCUUUGUUCUUGGUAACAGUUAAAGUAUACUGCAUGUUCGCCUGCAUGUUAUAAUCACGGCGAUUCACCUCAUUUUCUUCAAAUCUUAUAACAACUCGACAAGUACCAUAGUACUCUCCCUUAAAGACAUCUUGAUUUAACCCACGCAUUUAAUAAUAUGGCUUCACAACAUCCCCCACCAUCGCCUAUGGAGCUCUACGGACUCCAGGAGUCUGGGCUCCACUUCCCUACCACUACAAACAGGGUCGUCAACUUUCCCCCAGAUAUCAUCCGGAAAGACGCGUUUGAUACCCGCAUUGUCAUACACGAUCGCUUCCCUGGCCUGGUCGAUCGGUUUUUAGCUCAUAAGCGUACGCAUGGAACUUCUUUAGAAAAGCAGCUGUACGGCGCGGAUUGGAGCUGGCAGCAUGAAGUGCAGAGACUUAUAGAGAAGCGGCCCCUGUCCUUCGUUGGCCCAAACGACUCGACUCUGCUACGUACCGGAGAAAGCUACCCAGUCGCAACUGAAUUUUGGGAUACAAUAGGCGCUGAAGGUACACCAUACGAACGCCUGCGAGAAUAUCUGACCUACGACGAGAUCAUGCUCAGCAGUUUGAUAGGAGUCAGUGGCCCAAGUUACUUUAUUAAUUCGGGCAGCCGCUAUAAUAAUGCUAGGCCUCAACCGCCAGGGACGUUUCUGCCUAGGGGUAUCAUAAUAGGACUGGUUGGGCCUCGAUUCGAGCGGCUGAUUCAUAUGGAUUCUAAUUAUAUCUUGGACGGCGUAGUACAGAGGCAACAGCACCCGGAGCUGACGAACAUCUUCUUAGAAUUCUUUGGCCAGGGAGAAUUUGUUCAAGUCCGCCGCGAGGGGUUCAACACGCGUGCCUAUAUUGAGCGUAUCCGUAUCUCUGCCGACAUUCUGCUUAUGGAGGCAAAUGACCGCGCAAUGGCUAUGGGGCGAAAGGCGCUCGUCUACAUAGUAGGUUUGGGCCUCGGUGUAUGGCUAUACCAUCGCCUUCAACCUGAACUUUUCGUCCACGCUUUCAGAGAGUCGGUCAUGGCUCUAGGGCGGAAGCUGACACAUAUUGGGACACUUAACUUCGCGUGGAUCGAUGUACCAGACGAUGUUCAGCAACAGAUGGGUGAUGCCGCGAAUCUACACAACAUCAUUGUCAUGUUUUCAAAGCGUAAUCCAGCUGACUUGCCCCAACCAGAGGACAAGUCUCAUUUACCUGUCCUAUCCUACGCGUGGGAUGGUAAUUCAUUUCCGGGUAACGAAUAUUGGGAGGGACAUCUGAGUGGCAGUGGUGAUCCAGCAGCGGCAUGUAUGAGUACGAUCGCCGAGCUACAUAAUCCCCUAGUCAACCCAGACUUUACUGAUCGUAUAUUCGUGAUAAACAGCUCGAGCCAGUAGCGUACCGUUAGGCCGUAAUUCACGUCCUAAGGGUCGUUCCAUGUCGUUGAGAAAAUGAGUGGAUCGUUUAUGUACCUGUCUUUUCAACUCUAUGAAUUGAUAAACUCAUAGUUACCUAUUCCCUACCUUAGUUCCGUACACAAUACCUUGAACACAUAUUUCAGCGAACAUGGAUGUUUCCUGUAGUGUAAAUAUUGACUUGAAUUAUAUACAUCUAUUCG